AUGGAUUCACCUGAAAUUAGAAAAAUCAAAGCCAACACCACGUCUUCCUCAGAUUCUCCUCCAGUUCAAGACUCACCAGUUUUCAGUUACAUAAACAAUCUAUCACCAAUACAACCUGUGAAGGCUUCACAUUUAGCACAAGGGUUCCCUGGACUCAACUCUCCUCCUCUUGUGUUCACAUCACCGCGUAUAAAUUCACACCGGGAUACAAGUUUCCUAAAAAGGCCUCAAUAUCAACCAUUAUCCAGUGCAGAAAAGCGUAAAACACAGGAUGAAGCCAAGAAAUUCCUUGAUGGUCCAGUUGAUCCCAAAAUUACCCAAUUGCAUAUGAGAUUGAUUACUGAUUCUCAGGACUGUGAGACUAAGAUUCGUGUGGAAUCUCAGCAAUGCAGCUCCUCAGAGGGUGUGGAUGAAUACUUAGCUGAUCCCUCAGAAGUAGACUGUGUAGACUCUACUCAAUCAGCCAGUCCAUGUUUGAAACAAUCAAACAAUGUGCCGGAAACAUUCACUGGCUCAAAGGAAACUACUUUAUAUGACAACAAACAUAAUACUGGAACAGACUUAGGGACAGAAGCUAAGGCACCAUCAGAGCAGGCUAAAGAGGACCUUGAAGGAAAGCAAACAUUUGAUGCAAAGCCUGUGAAAAUUAUAGAGCAAAGUGAUGGGGAGUUGCAAUAUGAUGAAUGCCCAAAUAUUGAAUCUGGUUUAUCCGUCAAUAAUGCUUACAAGAGAGAAUAUCGCCAACAUUUGCAUGAUCAGGAUAGAGGAGGUAAACAUGAGGAUGAUUGUGAUCAUACCCCUCAAUCUCCUCCUGGACGUUUGCAGAUUGUUCAGGUAUAUGAAAAUUCUGCUGAGAAUGUUGGUGCAAUAUCCAAAGGAAUGAUUGGGAACAUGAUAUUGCAUGCUCCUAAGGCCAGAAGUGAACAAGGUGGCAUGCAUAGACGUUGCCUUCAGUUUGAAGAGGCUCCUCCUUGUGCCACUGGAAAAAGAGACUGUUCUUUGAGUUCUAUACAGGAGGUUAACUAUUCAGAACCACCUUCCGGCACGGGAGAAUCGAAGUUGGUGAAAUUAUCUUAUGCGGACUUAAAGGCAACUUCCAAGAGACAGAUGGGCACCCCAUUGCCACCCCGUUUUGGUGGAAACUCUCCUUCAACUGUUCCCAAGCCAUCAGGUAUUGGCUUGCAUCUAAACAGCAUAGUCAAUGCUGCACCACUGGUUCGUGGUACAACAAGAAGCAUAAAAUUAGCAGAUCACUACAUUGGUGUGCAAGUUAUGAAAUCAGCAUCUGUUAUGAGCUCCCAUUUACCAGAUAAUGUGAGGUGCCGUUCAAUUUCAUUGAAUAUGGUUGAGAAAGACUCAGCUGGUCCUGAAGACAGGGAUGAAUCUGAGACUUCAAUUGCUGCAAGUUCUGCCGUUCCCCAGUCUCCUCACACUGUGGUAUUUGAGCGUCAUGUGCCUACACAUGAGAAGAGGGGAUUUGAUGCUGAGAAUGUUGACGAUUAUGAGGAGUGCAAGCAAUCUAGUCCAAAAAAGAAAAGGAAAAAAACAUCAAGCACUAAAGAUAGUGAUGGUACCAAACGUUGCAACUGUAAGAAGACCAAAUGCUUGAAACUUUAUUGUGAUUGUUUUGCUGCUGGAGUCUAUUGUGCCGAAUCUUGUGCUUGCCAAGGAUGCUUCAAUAUAACCGAUUAUGAAGAUACAGUUCUUGAGACAAGGCAACAUAUUGAAUCUCGUAAUCCACUUGCAUUUGCUCCCAAGAUUGUACAGCAUGAAGAAGAAAUUCAAUUCACGCCAUCCUCGGCAAGACACAAAAGAGGGUGCAAUUGCAAAAAGUCAAUGUGUCUUAAAAAAUAUUGUGAAUGCUAUCAGGCAAAUGUUGGAUGCUCCAGUGGAUGCCGGUGUGAUGGAUGUAAAAAUGUUUAUGGCAGGAAGGGAGAGUAUAUUCCAAUAGAGCAUGGUGUGGGUAAAGACAACGUUAGUGACAAAGCUGGGAAGGAAAGAAUAGAGAGCACAUUUGAUGAGAAGCUGGAAAUGGUGGCAACAAAGAAAGAUAUUUUGUCUACUGAGUUGUACGAUUCUCACAACGUCACUCCAUUGGCGCCAUCAUUUCAGUGCUCAGACCAUGCAAAUAAUAUACCGAAAUCCCCAUGCCUUCCUACAAGUUACCUUCCAUCACCCGAAUCUGAUCUUACCAUCAUAUCAUCUUAUGAAAAAUCUACAAGAUCCCCUCUGAGACAUUCAGAGAGCAGUGACAUUCUUUUGGAAACAAGUAAAGAAUUAUCAGAUUUAGGUUCUUACAAUUGGCGUGUGGAUUAUGAUAACAUUGGAAUAGCGGACACUUUUUCACCAAGAUGCGAUGCAGCCCCCACUACAUGCCAUAUUACUCCAAUGUCAGAUCUUUGCUCAAUGGCCAUGGUGUCUUCAGCAUCAUCCAAAACAAGUGACUGGACAAAUGCUUCACAAGUUCAGCUGUGCCCUGGAAGUCACGGUCUGUCAUCUGAUAGUUCUCUUCAUAGGCGUAGUUCACCAGUCACCCCAAUGACUCGGUUAGGUGGGACGAAAUCUUGCCAAGGUCUUGACUUUGAAAAUGGACUUUAUGACAUUCUGCAAGAUGACACCCCUGAGAUACUGAAGGACUCUUCUACUCCGAUUAGGUCAUUGAAAGUAAGUUCGCCCAAUAAGAAGCGGGUUUCUCCUCCUCACAGCCACAAUCACGAGCUUGGUGCAAGCUCUUCAGGGGCCUUGAGAAGUGGCCGCAAGUUCAUAUUGAAGGCUGUCCCUUCGUUCCCACCCCUUACCCCUUGUAUUGGUUCCAAAGGCAGUAGUAUCAUUCAGAACAUGAGUAAUCUUCAAGAUAAGGGUAGAAAGAAAUGA